AUGGCCGCCUCUUUCCUCGCUCACGGUGAGGCCCCAGAAUGUCGCACCUUUCCUGGAAGUUUUGCGAUGAGUCACCGCCAGCAGGGAGCGGGGAUUUCUCAAGAAGGCACAGACUUACCAAAGAGCUUCCUCCACAAACACAGCAGAGACAGGAGCAAACGGCUGCCAGCCGUCGAGUUCAAAAGACACAUAAAGGGGGAUACCAGAGGCUCCGGCAGUGGCAGUGAUGGUGUGGAUCACAGACAGAAAGCUGCUCAGUUCCUCAGGGAAGCCGAGAAGAACCGGAGACAGAUUGAAAAGUUGGAGAAAGAGAUAUCACUGAGUGUCCAGUGCAGGAAGAACGGCUGGACUGAUGUGUGUAGAGACCUUGAAGAGAACGAGAAAGUGCUGGAGGACGAGAGACGUGCAGACAAGAUGAAUCUUCAAAAGCAACUGGCGAAGAUUCAAAACGGUGUGAAGAAGUUUCAGAGAGUGCUCAUAGAUGUGAACCCAACUCCUGAGUUGAUUGAAAGACUGAAGGAAAUAAUGUCCGAGGUGGAAAUCACCAUCAAUGCCCUAAAAGAGGAGCAGCGCUCACGCCUUCUGGAGCUUCUGAAGGAGGAGAGGACGUGCACACAGGAGAUCGCUGCUUAUGAGAAGAAGAUUGAAAACUGGAGCCUCGCUCUUAAAUCAGAACCCAAACUACACACAACUCCCUCUGUUAAAAAGACCAAACCCCCAGACAGUGAUCUACCUGCAGAGGUCAGAGCCCUGGAGUCUUUCCUGAAGAAGACGGGUGGCCCUUAUGGGGGCUGGGACCAGUAUGGCCACCAAGCAUUCCUUAAAGUCUGGACAAAGCAACGUGGUCGUCCAGCAUACAGGAAAGAGGCAAAACUUUACCUGCCCGAUAAAACACUGGAGGAGAUAGAGCAACACGAGGACUGGCAUCAGGAGCUGAUCAAUCUGCAGGACAGAAAGAGAGAGGCUAUUCAGCGGUGGAAAGCCAGCAAACAUCGGGAACUUCAGAGCCGGACACAGAGUCAGGAGGAGGCCGUGGAGGCAGAGAGGAGGGAGAGGGAGGCCAAGAGCAAGCAACACAGGGCUGAGGAGGAAAAGAGGGAGGCAGCACAACAACUGGAGGAGUGGAGGGAGGCGAAGAGAUGGAAGGAGGAGCAGCAGGAGGAGGAGAAGAGACUGGCUGAGGAGAUACAAAAGAGGAAACGAGAAAAGGAGGAGCGUCGCCGGCAGCUGGAGGUGAAGCUAUCAGUUGAGGAGCAGCUGCGACUGAGGAGAGAGGAGGAGGAAGAGCAGGGGAGGAGGAGGAUAGAGGAGGAACAGAAGGAGAUGAGAAGGGAGGUGGCAAAGGGGAUCAGACACUUUAAUGACAGGGAUAUUCACAAGUUAGAGGAAAAGCUUCAAGAGAAACAGCUGAGGAAAAAAGAGGAAGAGGAAAGACAGAGGAGAUCUCUGUUAAGUUGAAGGAGAAGCAGAGACACCUCCAGGCUCACGAGUCCCACUAAGGGAUUGGAGGAGCGAGUGAAACACGUUGGACCUCCAGGAGAAGGGCCAGUGCUGGACAUGUCUCAUGGGUCUGAAUGACUCUGUGUUUUUAUAGUCGCUGGAUUUUCGGUGAUAAAGAUGAUCUUCUGCUGAGUUACUGAAAGCUGCUGUCAUUUUGUUGCAGAGCUGUUCGCCCUUGGAGACAAGGCCUGUGAAAAGGAGCAGUGAAAACCAACAGAGCAAACCUCUUUGCCUUUUGCUUUUAAUUGAAUUACUGUAUGUUGCCGUUUAAAAUCUUAUGCAUUGUAUUUCUUUUAAUUGAAAUUGUUAUUCUUACUAAUUAUUUACGAUGAAAGCUUGUUAUUAUAGAUUUGUGUAAAAUUCUCAACAUAUGAUCCACUUUAUUUAAGUUAAUGUACUUAAAUACUGUAUUCAAGUACAUUUUUUAGAUACAUUUCUUUUUUUUGUACUUUUCAUACUGUUGUGUAAUAUUGUACUUUUUACUCCACCACAUUAAUUUGAGAAACUUAGUUUCUAGCUACUUUAUUAAUGUGUAUAAACUAUGAUGCCUUGUGAAAAAUAAAACCGCCUAAACAAAC